AUGACUACAUUCAUGGGAUCUCCGGGCCUCGCGUCAGGCUCACACCUGCCUGAGAAUCACAUUUCACUUCACUGCGCACGGUUCAAAGCCUCUCCGUUUCUACCCCCCUCCGACAGCAAUCCGACCCCCGACUCAUCAUCUGCCUGGUUGCAGCCGCGGCCGUUGAGACCCCUCGCGACAGGAAAAGUCCUCCAGGCGUCGGAAGACGAUCGUCAGCACAGCCGCAAGCGACCGCGACUGGACACAACGUCGCUUGACGAUGACUCUUACAACACCACAUCAGACACCGCAAUUUGGCGUGAAGCCCUCAGCCCUCCACCGCUCGUCAACACAGACUACCGCAUUGCAGGCGGAUUGGAUACGCUCACCGCACUAAAUAGCCAGAAGGAAGAAGACGCCCAUGAGUUCGACUAUGAAGUUGACUGCAGACCGAACAGGUACAGCAAGCCCUCAGAAAACUUCUUUCCGCAGACACCAGCCCCAGAUCGGUCCCGACGGAACAAACGCAGACUGUCACCUCCGGCGCCACCGAUGAAGAGCUGGGGAAAGACUGUAUGGGCUUUAACUGGUGGUUUGGCCGGCAGAGUUUUCAACUUCUGCUGGAACACUACCUUCAAGGGCUUCUAUGCUGGCGGUGGGAGCGGGUACACGUUCGACAUCGGACCUGCAGACAUGGGUUCUUCUAGUGUUUGGACUGAGGUUGAUCCGAAAACUGAUGUGUUCCAUAACGUCGACCCGGCUGGCGACUUCAAGCGACAUGACCGAGACCGGACCCCUGUUCCCGGCGGAUUCCCUGGAAACAGUCCUGAAUUUAUUGAGGACUACAUGUCUAGACUGACCGUCCAACCCAGACAGCCGAACAACUCAACCCCGACCGUCAUACCAGAUCAAGAUUCUCCAUCGAUCUCCCGCUACAAUAGUUGGGUAGUGGUUGAUGGGGCCGACCAGAUGUCACCGUCGACGGAAUCUAGUCCUGUACGCAAGAAGUCGAGAGCAAGCACGGCGAGUCUCUACGCAUCUCGACCAUCAUCUGCCCCACGCCACCCAAGCCACCCUACAACUCGUCCUCGCUUGACACCUCGAUCAUCGACAAUCAGGUCGUCAGCUUCAUAUGCGUCGCCGCGGGUAUCAAUGUGCGCGAGCACCAGCACCAGCGGUUCCGCACAGUACCAAUCUCGGAUCCCCAUUCCUGCAGCUUCUGCGGUCGACCAGCGCCAGACCUCAGACAAACCAUCGAAGCGCCCAAGUGGUAUUUCCAGCAGCCACAGGCCCUCGCUCUCCACAUCUCGUCGGCAAUCUUCCGCUUCUCUCACAACAUCGCCAAAGCAGUCCCCUGAAAUCCGCAAGUUCGAACAGAAACUUCGUCGGAAGGAAGCCAAGCAAGAUGCGACGAUGAAUCGAUUCAACAUGCAGUUGCAGGCCAUGAUCAAAGAAGGGCAAGCAGCCUUGGGCAGCCGGGUUGAGGUUGAAAUUGAAGAUUACCACAAUGGCGGAGACGUGGAUGAAGGCUACUUCGACAACGCCCUGCUCGAUAGAGGUGCGGUGAAAGGAUCAAGAGGCUGGGACAGGUGCGAUGGAAGCACAGCCCCUAGUCUCGGAGCUUGGUCCUAG